UUCAGGGGACGACCCUUUUGGACAUUUCAGCUUUGAGCCAAUUUAUUGGCGUCGCGCGCCAUCUACGGGCAGAUCACAGAUCAAGAUGGCAGCGUCAACAGCACAGAAGGUCCAGGAGGUUCGUGAAGUGACGAGGAUCGAGCGGAUAGGAGCUCAUUCCCACAUCAGAGGUCUUGGUCUAGAUGAUGCCCUGGAAGCAAGGAAUGUCUCUCAGGGGAUGGUUGGACAAACUGCAGCCAGGAGAGCUGCAGGAGUCAUCCUGGAGAUGAUCAAGGAAGGUAAAAUAGCAGGGAGAGCAGUCCUUAUUGCAGGCCAGCCAGGUACUGGCAAGACUGCUAUAGCUAUGGGUAUGGCUCAAGCCCUUGGUCAAGACACACCCUUCACAGCUAUAGCUGGCAGUGAGAUCUUCUCGCUAGAGAUGAGUAAGACAGAGGCUCUCACUCAAGCUUUCAGAAGAUCUAUCGGAAUCAGAAUCAAAGAGGAGACUGAAAUCAUUGAAGGAGAAGUGGUGGAGAUCCAAAUCGAUAGGCCAGCGACUGGAACAGGUGCCAAGGUUGGGAAGCUGACUCUAAAGACGACCGAGAUGGAAACGGUUUAUGACCUCGGAACAAAGAUGAUUGAAUCUCUCACAAAGGAGAAGGUCCAAGCAGGUGACAUCAUCACGAUAGACAAGGCUACAGGCAAGAUCAAUAAGCUUGGAAGGUCAUUCACAAGAGCCAGGGACUACGAUGCUAUGGGACCACAGACUAAGUUUGUUCAGUGCCCCGAAGGUGAGCUUCAGAAGAGGAAAGAAGUCGUCCACACGGUGACGUUACAUGAGAUAGACGUUAUCAAUAGCCGUACACAGGGGUUCCUUGCUCUCUUCUCAGGAGACACCGGUGAGAUCAAGCCGGAGGUGCGAGAGCAGAUCAACGCCAAGGUGGCUGAGUGGAGGGAGGAAGGAAAGGCAGACAUUGUACCAGGGGUUCUAUUCAUUGAUGAGGUUCACAUGCUGGACAUUGAAAGCUUCUCAUUCUUGAACCGAGCUCUAGAAGAUGACAUGGCCCCGGUCCUCAUCAUGGCUACUAACAGAGGCAUUACAAGAAUUCGAGGCACCAGCUACCAGAGUCCUCACGGAAUCCCUCUAGACUUGUUGGACAGGCUACUCAUCAUCUCCACAUCAACCUACAAUGAGAAGGAGUUGAAGCAAAUCUUGAACAUCAGAUGUGAGGAGGAAGAUGUUGAGAUGACUGAUGAUGCGCUGACGGUCCUGACGAGGAUUGGUUUAGAGACAUCAUUGAGAUACGCCAUUCAGCUCAUCACAGCAGCAAACCUCGUCUCCAGGAAAAGAAAGGGUACGGAGGUAGAAGUAGAUGAUAUCAGGCGCGUGUAUUCUCUCUUCUUGGAUGAAUCAAGAUCAACACAGUUCUUGAAAGAGUACCAACAAGAUUUUAUGUUCAACGAGGUGGACCCAGCAGGAGAUAACGAUGAGGAGAUGGAUACAUGAGGAGUUCUCAUCCAAGCUUCAAACCCCUCAUUUGUUUUGUCAACAUAGCAUCUAUUUAUUCACUCUGUGCCUCGGAUACCGGUCUCCUAGAAAACUCCAAAACUUUACUCAAGUAUACUGCUCAACCAGAAAUUCUCACAAAGAUACUUCCGUGAUUAAUGCAAAUGCAGUGUUAUGCCACUUGUGUUUUUAUUAUGCGUGGCUUGAAUCUUACGCAAAUUUGAACCAUUUGCAAAUAAUAAUAACAAUAAUCAUCACAUUUCUAUAUCACUUAAUACUAGUAACUAGUAUGUUUCUAAGCACUUUACAUUGUAAUUAUUAUUAUCCCUGUUUACUAGAAGACGUAUCCAACAUUUGAGAAGUACACAAAUUCAUGUACAUCUCUGCUUCCUAUCCAGCUAACAAAAAGAUUAGAAUAAACUAGAGUCUACAACAGCUCCAUGUUGAAUCGAUCUUUACUCAAAGAAUCAUCAAUCUACAUAAUUUACUCAAUGUUUCUUCUGCUAGGAUAAAAAGGAGUGCUAUUUCCCUCAAUAAAAUGCGGGGUCAUUUUUGUCGUGUUGCUGCGCAUUUCCAAGCCUGCAUGUUAGAGAUUCUUGGCCCGGCACACAGUUUUGAUAUUGAGGUGCAAUGCCGUGUCUUCUUGUAAAAGCUGCUUCUUGGCUUGGAAAAGCCCUUCCCCUCCCCCUCUUAUUAUUUUUUAUUUUUUUUUAAUUGAACACUUAUUUUCCCUAAAUAAAGAUUUAGGGCCCAUCAACCCAGGGUUGGGUUUAAAUGAAUUAGGUGAAUACAGACAUUUCUGUUUCUGAGUGUAAUAAUGGAUGUUUUACCUUGUACUUAUAAACAACUUUGUAAAAGAAUUGACUGCUUUUGUGACCAUGUGAAAUAUCAAAUGGGUUGAAUAGGACCUUUGAAGAAAAGAAAAAAGUUUACCGGUAUGGCCUUUGGAUUUCCUGCUAUCUGUAUCCUUAUCAGUACUUUGUAUACACACGUGGUAAUCAGGUGACGACCUUUGACUACUGAUUUAUAUUGUUGGCAGUGAGGCAAACUUUCAGAGAAUCUCUGUGUGCCCAAGACGGGGAUGAGUAGAGUGAUGUUGAGAUAAGGGCAAAAGUUCGAUUCAUUUGCCGACUUAUUUACACUUGGUAAAUAUGUAGCUAACUGAAAAUUAUAGUUAAGGCAUGAUCAGGGCCCCGUUUCACAAAACUUGUCAUCAGUUACUAAUGUCAGUUUUUGUUUUAAGCUAGUAAAACCCUUGCUUCUGAUUGGUUAUCAGCAGAUUUGUGACUGAUUUUAAUUGAAAAAAGGCUGUGUGAAACAGGUCCCAGGACUCUGUUUACAAGUGUGUAUUAUCAGCUGAUGUGUAAAUGACCUUAGAUUACUGAGAAGUAUUGUUUGGUACUGAGCCAUGCUUUGAGAAAGGUUUUGGUGCCAAAGGCAGGGAUAAAACAAUGUAUUAGACUAAUUAGCCAUGCUAUUACUGGAAUAUUGAUAUUUGGGGAAACAUUCGAUUCAUUUGUCGACUUGACAUCUACAAAGUGUGAAUAAUCAGCCGAUGUGUAAAUGACCUCAGAUUGCUGAUAAGUGUUGUUUAGUACAGAGCCAUGCUUUCAGAAAGUUUUGGGUAUUAAAGGCAGGGAUAAAAUAAAUAAAUCCCAUGACUUAUUAGCUUGCUUUUACCUUUACCGUUUUUACAUGCUAAUCCCAAUUUUGUACUCGUCAUAUUUGUUUGAGAAAAUCAAAUGAACUUCAGGGAUGCCAGUUUUUAGGCAAUAGCCUGAAUUCUGGCGAGUUAUUUUGAGACCAUAGUUCAGGCUUUUUUAUGUACAAAAUAGCUCAUUCUAGGUGAUUUUCAGACCCUCUGAUAAAUUCUAACUGGCAUCCCUAGAACUUGAAAAUCAUGCAUUUUUGUUAGUUAUUUGUGCAGUACCUUAUGAUAUUAAUAAUGAUAAUACAAAUGCUGUUAUUUGUACUUGUUAUAGUGGCACUUUGAAAUAGGACACAUUCGUUUGACCAUUGCAAAACACCAGGGCAGCUUUUCACAAACGCAUCACAAGUACAAAUUCGCCGAUAACCCAUUGAAAUGUAUUCAAUUCAACAUGUGUUUCAAGGGGAUGUCAGUGAACUUAUACUCAUCACGGUUUUGUGAAACAAUGCUCAGGUGGUAACCUAAAUCUUUCUUCUCCUGUCGUGUGUAGUUUUUCUCAUACUUUGAUGUCGGCUGUGUUGUAACUAUGUGAAAUAACAGUUGUACAUUUCUGUUUGUUGCAGUUUUCUUUGCAUUCCACCAAUAAAAUUAUGUACAUCCUUUUGUUAAUGAAAAUUAA